AUGUUCGACAAUAACAUCAACAAUUACGUGCUGAAGGUAGAGUUGGCGAAAUGUUUCGGCAAUCUUGGGACGGUUUAUCUGGCACAGCAUCGGCCCACCCGGCAGCACGUAGCCGUGAAAAAGUUCCUAGUGGAGGAUCUGAAGAACGACAUUACGUACGUAAUGGAUGAGGCAAAGCAUCUGCGUGAGUUCGACCAUCCGAACAUCCUCAGCUACCACACCGCAUUCGUACACAACCUCGAUCUGUACUUUGUCCUGCCGCUCAUGUGUUACGGCUCCUGUAGGGAUACGAUGAAUAACUACUUCGAAAUAGGUUUCCCCGAACCGAUUCUGGUGUGCAUUCUGCGAGACAUCCUACAGGGGCUGGUGUACUUGCAUUGGAAAGGUUAUAUCCAUCGAUCGAUUCGAGCAAGCCACGUCUUUCUUAACGAAACGCGUGCCGUACUGGGAGGCUUCCGCGUAUGCACCAGCUUCCUCGGCGAAGGUAAACGAAUACGUAACCUGCACGAGUUGCCGCCACACUCGGUGAAAUCACUAAACUGGCUAGCGCCGGAAGUUCUGGCACAGAAUCUGACCGGCUACACUGAGAAAUCGGACGUGUACAGUCUGGCGAUGACGGCGUAUGAGCUGGCGAACGGUGUGGAACCGUACUUCAACAUUACGGCCACUCUCAUACUGGCGGAGAAAUUGAAGGGAGGCGUCUACCUACCGAUGCUGCUGGAUGCUACGACCGUACCAAGCGAAGACGCGACACAGCCGAAUGAAGCGGCCACUCCAUUGAGACAAAUCUAUGCCUCCAGACAGUUCUCCGAUGCGUUGCACAAUUUUGCCGAGCAAUGUUCGGAAAGGGAUCCGACGAAUCGACCCAAUACAUCCGCCUUAUUAUCACACCCCGUAUUCAAGCUGGUUACUCACACCAACAUUAGAGAACAAUUUGCACUGCACUGUAUACAAACCGUCGAUUUUGAUUCAAUUCAAGAUUCCGACAUCAAUCUGACCGAAAGCUUCUCGCAGAUGCGCAUGGAAGCAGGGGGUUCCUUCGAGUGGGAUUUUGAUGAAUCGUAA